UAAUACUUCCCUAUUUCAUCAUCUCCUCCUCCUCUUAAGUAACCCUAACGAAGUCGGAGCUUCUCCGGUAGAUCUAAUCUUGAAUCCCCCAUUCAAAAUCGACGGAGAAGAAAGGAGUGAGUAAUGGAUCUGGAUCAAUGGAUUUCCAAGGUUAAAGACGGUCAGCAUCUCUCUGAGGAAGAGCUUCAGCUUCUCUGCGAAUACGUGAAAGAGAUUUUGAUUGAGGAGUCAAAUGUGCAGCCUGUGAACAGUCCAGUCACCGUCUGUGGUGAUAUCCAUGGCCAGUUUCAUGAUCUUAUGAAGCUUUUUCAGACUGGGGGUCAUGUUCCCGAUACGAAUUACAUAUUUAUGGGGGACUUUGUGGAUAGAGGUUACAACAGCCUUGAAGUCUUCACUAUUCUUUUGCUUCUUAAAGCUAGACAUCCAGCCAAUAUUACACUUCUGCGUGGAAAUCAUGAAAGUAGGCAGCUAACGCAGGUAUAUGGUUUCUAUGACGAGUGCCAAAGGAAGUAUGGUAACGCUAAUGCGUGGCGAUAUUGCACAGAUGUGUUUGACUAUCUUACCCUAUCUGCUAUUAUAGAUGGCACAGUUCUAUGUGUUCAUGGUGGCCUUUCCCCGGAUGUUCGGACAAUUGAUCAGAUAAGACUGGUCGAUCGAAAUUGUGAAAUUCCCCAUGAAGGGCCCUUUUGCGAUCUUAUGUGGAGCGAUCCUGAAGAUAUUGAAACAUGGGCUGUUAGUCCACGUGGAGCUGGCUGGCUUUUCGGAUCAAGGGUUACUACUGAGUUCAAUCAUAUCAAUAAACUUGAACUAGUGUGCCGUGCUCACCAGCUGGUACAAGAAGGUCUUAAGUACAUGUUCCAAGAUAAAGGCCUUGUAACUGUAUGGUCUGCACCCAAUUACUGCUACCGCUGUGGCAAUGUCGCUUCUAUAUUGAGUUUCGAUGAAAACAUGGAAAGGGAUGUGAAGUACUUCAACGAGACAGAAGAGAACAAUCAAAUGAGAGGACCAAGGACUGGAGUUCCGUAUUUCCUAUGAUGAAACAACGACUAAGUUGGACGUGGUGAUGAAGCCAUUGCUACCUACCAUUGGCAACAUGAUCAGGUUUUUACAUUUUCCUUGUGAAAUUCAACAAGACAAAGACUUGAUAGCUUUUAAGUCUAGUCGUGAUUCUCAUCUUUUUGUUUUCCCCGAUUGUUUCUUCUGUAUUGUUUACUCACACAGUUACACUGUUUCCCCCCCUUCCUUAUCUGUUGUUGUGAAGAUGACAUUAAUUCCAAAAAUAACUAAGAGUCGUGAAA